CAAAACAAAUUAUCGACUGUAAACUCAAAAUUAACGAUUUAAAUUGUUAUUUGUUGACAAGAAACCAAAAUAAUGGAUGGGCUUUUAGACAGGGUGUCAGGAUUUCCUGCAGCAGGAAUCCCGUCAAAGAACACAAACAAAUCCAACAACUCUGCCGGAGUAUCUGCUUGCUUACUCCACGAGGUGAGCGAAGACGAAAAACACUUCUGCAAGACAGGUCCACUCGACUACAAGCUUCCUCCGCCAUCGACAAACAUAUACAGGGGCUUCAACACAGACGUGAAGGAAUGCCUACAGCCUGACAGUGACAAAUCCUUCUUCCAACUUCUCCGAAGAGAGUUCCAGGACACUGUGUAUGACUCUUAUUGGAAGCGACCUGUGGGUAAAACAGCUGACCCUACUCCAACACUUCCAGCCGGGAUGGAUCCUAAUGCUAUCUUCGGAAAAGUCACCCCUAAAGACAUCCCUGCUGGAGAGAUUGUGAACCCUAAAAAGUCCUACGUAGAAGUAAUGGAAGAAGCUAGAGUUGGUCACGAGAUGUACAAAAACACCCACAACGACUAUGAUCCAGGGGAACAGAUGGAUAGACAUUAUGGUAUGCCUUUCAAAAAAGACCUCGUCUGGGGAACCCCUACACCUUGCGACCCUCAAGGAAGAUGCAUGAAGAAAGUGAUGACGCUGGGUGCAAACGAUAAGAUAUUCGUGUCUAAAAUCUUAGCUGAUCAUAGGACAAGGAAUAGAAGUUUAGUUGGAAAAGUUUUAGCACCCAACAAUAACAUUGAGUGUGUUCCAAAGGGUCAUGCUUUUGGAAAGUUGAACAAAAGGGAACCUCUCGGAGCUGGAGAAUUGAUGAAAGAAUGUCCUCCGAGUCUUGACAAAGUUGAUCUUCACGAAGAACUCUGUCAUGUUAAUACUCUUCGUCAACAAACCAAAAAGCAUAAGCUUUCCCAUCGAGAUUUGAUAGACGCUUUCCAUAGCGUUGAUGUAAAAAAGACUGGAUACUUGUCAAAAGAAAAUGUAUAUCAAGUGCUUUCUAGAUUUGCAAUCAAACCUGACCGAACUCUCUUUGAAAGCUUGAUGUUACGGUUGAACGUUUUUUGCCCAAAUGGAAUGGUUGCUUACGAAAAACUAGCUGAUGUUCUUAAUGUAAACGGCGAGUUUCCCAACAUCCCUAAAAUUGAAGACGUACCUAAAGAAGUUUUAAACUUUGAAACAACCAAUCAAAUUGCUCACAAAUAUCAUUGUUCAGAUGAAAUUGACAGUAUUAAAGCGAUUCCGAGGGCUGGAAUUCCUCCAGUGACAAACGAAAGCAUAUCUGAGAUCAUAAGUCCGAAUGUUUUCAGCAGCUACGGUUUGACCCCAGAAGACUUUACUAUUUCAAGAUCAGCUGCAUAUUUGAGGACUCUCGUCAAUAGAAUAGGGUGUCGACUCGACAAGGACACUUUCUGUAAGAUUUGGGAAUCAGCUAAGGAUUCUAAAGGUUGCGUUUCGAUUCAAUUUUUCCUCAAUGCCCUUGAAAAAUUCAAAUAA